ACACUUUUUAUUUUGCUUGAAUUUGUUAGAAUUAGUUGGAUGUUCCCGCGACUUUGGAUUCUACAUAUCGAUGCACAGAACAGUUGAGUUGCUUAAAAUAUCGGUACUUUUGUGCGAUAGGCGGAAGGAAUUCGGCGGGUUCUGUAUUUUGAAAACAAAACAAACACAACUAUUGUUCAAAAUCCAAUUUGUCCGGCAUAAAUUCUAAAAAUGAUAAGCAUGCAAGCCAAUUUUCUCCUGUUGCGUUAAACAAACAUAUUACGAACGUUUAUUUUGACCGGGCAAGCAAACGCUUAAUUUUUGUGGAAUGAGAUACCACCGCGUCGCGCUUAAAUAGGGCCUCACGCAAUCCUAAUUGGGAUACGAGUCCCCUGGGAGCUGAGGACUGCCGUCAAGCGGUGACUUGAAUACCUCCGGCAGUUGGCUUUGAGAUGAGGGAGUCACUGGUCGUUCUGCUGCUCCUGCCAAUAAUUUGUGCGGCCUCCCAUUCUUCAUCUGCAGAAUGGAGGCUGGCUAGGAUGAGCUGCCGAAUCGUGAUUCAGCAGGCCACGCAGGUCACCUACAUCUAUCGAUGUGUGAGCUGCUUGGGCGCCGGCACACCCGAACAUUUGGCCCAGGAGCUGGAGCUGCAUCGAUGUGUUGGCAGUCGAGUGGCCACGGUGACGCGCAACAUUGAGAGCAACGAACUGGAGCCCUUGCGUCAGACAGACAGCAUGAGCAUCUUUCAUAUUCCCGCCGGCCACCAUGGCGAUGCCUUGGUACGUCGCAUAAUCGAUAUGUUAAAUCCGCGGCAGCCUCGCAAGCACCUCCACAAGUACAUCUUCCUGUGGCCCGGUGCCAACCAGGAUCAACUGCAGGCCCUCUUCUCUGGAUGCUGGGCGAAGCAGUUGCUCUUUGGGCUGGCGAUCACUCGAGUAGACGAUGGAAUCUUUGAGUUUGACCCCUUUGCCGAUGGUGGUCUUCGGGUGGUGCGGCAACGUGAUCACGCUGUAAGCUACUCCGACAAGCUGAGGGAUUUGCGGGGAUUCGAGCUGCGCUACUCCAUGUUCACGGAUCCCUUGAUGGCCAUACCGAUACAACCGGUGGCCAGAUACGGAUACAGGGCAGUCGAUGGCGUGGCAGCCCGCGUAGCCGCGCAGAUCCUAAACGCCAGCGUAACCUACGUCCUGCCCGAUGAUAACGAGUCCUAUGGACGCUGUCUUUCCAAUGGAAGCUUCACCGGCGUAGUCAAGGAUCUCACCAGCGGCAAGACGCACUUUGGUCCCAACUCACGCUUUGUCCUAGACUGCAUGUGGCCACAGGUGGAGGUGCUAUAUCCACACACGCGCAGGAUGCUCUACCUGGUGGUGCCAGCGUCGGACAUCCAGCCGGAGUACCUGAUCUUUCUCCGUGUCUUUCGCCGGUCCGUGUGGCAUCUUCUGCUGGCCAACUUUCUGCUGGUCGUGUUCUUCUUCUGGCUUUUGCAGAGAUUGCAGAAGCGAGUGCCACGGAGAUGGGAGAUUGGGCGGGGAUUCACCGUCGCUCGUUGGUAUGAGAUCGUCGAGAUGUUUGGCAAGACCCAUGUGGGAGAGCCUGUGGAAAGAUUCGCCCAGAUCAGCUCGAUGCGGGCCUUCCUCAUGUGUUGGAUUCUCUUCAGCUAUGUUGUGACAACCAUUUACUUUGCCAAGCUGGAGAGUGGGUUUGUCCGGCCCACUUACGAGGCGCAGCUUAAUAAUUUGGACGGACUUUCCAGCCUCAAUGUGCGCAUCUAUGCGGUGACCACCAUCUUCGAUGCGGUCAAGUCCACGCUGUCGGAGCGCCACUACGACUUGUUGGCUAGCAGGAGCAGGCAACUGCCAUUGGAUCUAACCACCUCCUAUUAUCAGCUCAUAGUUAGUCGCAGGGACAGGCGAUCCGCUUUUAUAAUGAGGGACUUCCAUGCGAGAGACUUCCUAGCCCUCACCUACAAUACCCAGGCGGAUCGUCCCUCCUAUCACAUUGUUAAGGAGUACCUCAGAUCCAUGUUGUGCACAUACAUUAUGCCGAUGGGAUCGCCAUUCCUUUACAAGUUUCAGUCGCUCUACACGGGCUUUCAUGAGCACGGAUUCUACGAGCAUUGGCGCCAAAUGGAUCUGAUAACUAGGGAUGGGACAUCGCCCGAUGCAGAGGAGUUCUAUGAGGAGUUGGGCGACCAAACGGAUACGGAUCCUGCUGUCGCCGACGCCGCAGGCAAUCGACGCAAGAAACAUGUCGUUCUCACAUUGGAUGUAUUGCAGGGGGCUUUCUAUUUGUGGUCGCUGGGCAUUGUCUUGAGCAGCUUGGGCUUUCUGCUGGAGCAUGGCUAUUGCUUUUGGAAAAGACAAUCUGCAGGAUUAACAGAAACCGUAUAAUUUAAAUUUAAUUUUAAACGAAAUACAUUCAAUAUGUAUCAUCGAUUGCCCAAAACGA